GGCUGGAUUUUUUUAAAAGCUGGUAUCACAGAAAAGUUAAAAUUAUUAACAAAUCGCUGUUUUCAUGUGAAACAUCGUGCCAAAGUGCAGCAGGCCGAGCCAAACGCAGACAGUCGUGGAAACAGCCGCUUGCAAGCCAACCGCUUAAAUGUCACAACACUCGAAAAAGGAGAGCAAUAGCCAUGCGACCCAGAGCAAUCGCCACAGCAGUGGAAGCACCAACAGCAGCACCACCGGCAGCAGCAACAACAAGAGCCACAAGCGGCAGGCGGCCAACGGCAAUCUAAAGGGGAAUAGCCACAGUCACACCCAGCUCCAGUCCCACUCCCAAUCCCACAGUCAAGCCACAGCCCCCUCCAAGUCACCCAGCAGCAGCAGCGGCAGGAGCAUCCUCAGCGGGAGCAGCAUGCAGGACACCAGCUCCGCGGCAUCCUUGCUGAGCCGCAAGGAGAAGAACCAAAAAGACAAACAGCGCGAACGGGAGCGCGUGGAACGCAGCCAGCUGGUCCUCUGGCGACGUCCACUGCAGACCACCAAGUACUGUGGCCUCGAGCUGGCAGCACUGGUCCGCACGUGGAGCACCAGACUGCUGCAGCAGCGACUCCUGCUGGCCGCCCUCAUAGUAUUAGGCAUCGUAUUUAGCGUAAUUUACAAAAUAGACGGCCCCCACCAGCUGGCCAUCGAGUUUGUGCGUCGGAACACCUGGUUCUUCGUCUACUGGCUCGGGCUGGGCGUGUUAUCCUCGGUGGGAUUGGGCACUGGCCUGCACACGUUCCUGCUUUACCUGGGGCCGCACAUAGCCAGCGUAACGCUGGCCGCAUACGAGUGCAACUCGCUCCGGUUCCCACAGCCCCCAUAUCCCGAUGACAUUAUCUGUCCGGAGGAGCCGUACGACAAGAAGGUGCCAAAUAUCUGGUCCAUCAUGUCCAAGGUUCGAUUGGAGGCCUUCCUCUGGGGCGCGGGCACAGCGCUGGGCGAGCUGCCGCCCUACUUCAUGGCCAAGGCGGCGAGGCUUUCCGGCUACGAUCCCGAGGAUGCCGAGGAGCUGGCCGAGUUCGAGGCCCUCAACGCGAAGCGUCACCAAAAGAACCUCAGUCUAAUGGACAAAGGCAAACUGUUCAUGGAGCGCGUGGUGGAGCGCGUCGGAUUCUUCGGCAUCCUGGCCUGUGCAAGCAUUCCCAAUCCGUUGUUCGAUCUGGCAGGAAUAACCUGCGGCCACUUCCUGGUGCCAUUCUGGACGUUCUUCGGGGCCACGCUAAUUGGCAAGGCCGUGAUCAAGAUGCACAUCCAGAAGAUCUUCGUGAUCAUCGCUUUCAACGAGACGUUGAUCGAGCGGGCCGUCGACCUGUUGGCCUCGCUGCCGCUGCUCGGCCACAAAUUGCAGGAGCCGUUUAAGUCCUUUCUGAAUAACCAGAAGCAGCGACUGCAUCGCCAGCAGCGGGGCGCGGCCGGCGCGGGAUCCGGAGCGGGAGAUUCGGGCAACCUGUUGUCCAGGAUCUUCGAGACGUUCGUGAUCGGGAUGGUGUGCUAUUUCGUGGUGUCCAUCGUGAACUCCCUGGCCCAGAGCUACCACAAGCGGCUCCACAAAAAGUCGGCGAGCGGACCUGCGACCACGCCCACUCGACUGGCGGUGCCAAACCAGAAGAAGCUGGGCAAGCAGAAAGCUUUACGGGACUAGAGGAUCGGAUCGGUAGAAAUUUGCUCUUCUGCUGAUCGAUUUUCCAACCUCCUCCCCAUCCCUGCCCCAUUUAAUUCGUUUAAAUUAUUUUGUUUAUUGCGGCUUUCGCUCUUAGUCAAAUUAUAUUGUAUGUGAGUGUGACCGCGAGAGAAACAGACGGCCCGACAGCCAGAGGAAUUUACCUUGUAGACUAGAUUAGGAAAAAAAGUAAAGCGAGUAGCAGCAGCCACAACAAUAGCCAGAGCAGAAUAUAUAUUUUAGUAAUGUACAAGAUAGAAACCUAGGCAAUUUCCGUGUGGGGCUAUCGUUUUGCCGUAACGAAAGUGAGAGGGACGCAGCUAGUCGCACCUAAUGAAAAGCAAAUUGUGCAAAAGUUGUGCAAAAGACAAACAAGCCAGAGCAAACAGAGAACCCAAAAUAAAAUGUCGCCAGGAGCAAAAACCAAGUAUGAAACAAGAUUUAAAAAAAAAAAAUGCUGAAAAAUAAACAAACUAUGGAUAUACAAUUUAAAGCCGAAUGUAUGCAUCAAUAUAAAUGGGAAAUGUGGGUCAAGUUGGCUGUCCCGGCUGAAUAGAAAUUUCUACUCCAAACGCAAGCCUGGCUAAAUAAUAAAAUAUUUAAUGCUGAAAAAUAAACGAUAUAUGGAUACACAAAUAGAAGCCCACAAAUGUAGGUGUGUACGUAUCAGUUUAAAAGGAACUGAAGUGGUCUAACUGGGAAGUCUUGAUUAUCACGAGGAUAAGUAAGCUGUUCUUACGAUUCCCCGGUUAAACCCAAUAAUCAGAGAACAUUAAACUAAAUGUAAUGUGGGAGAAAAAAUGAAAUAACUAAGUGCAAAUUAAUAAAUUAAAUAUGGAUAUACAAA